CAGGAGAGAUGGAGGAGGAGAUGGAGAACCCAGAGUUGAACCCAGUUGACCUGCCAGAGAAACAGAAACACCAGCUUAGACACCGAGAGCUAUUCCUGUCCCGCCAGCUAGAGUCACUACCCGCUACACACAUCAGGUACAUUAUAUACAUGCUACUAGACCAGCUCGAGUCACUACCCACUACAUUAUAUACCUGCUAUUAUAAACUGGGUGGUUUGAGCCCUGAAUGCUGAUUGGCUGACAGCUGUGGUAUAUCAUACCGUAUACCAUGGGUACGACAAAACGUUAUUUUUGCUGCUCUAAUUACGUUGGUAACCAGUUUAUAAUAGCAAUAAGGCACCUCGGGCAUGCGUUGCGUCGUGCCUAAGAACAGCCCUUAGCCGUGGUAUACCGGCCAUGUACCACACCUCCUCGGGCCUUAUUGCUUAACUAGACCAGCUAGAGUCACUACCCACUACAUUAUAUACCUGCUAAUAGACCAGCUAGAGUCACUACCCGCUGCAUUAUAUACCUGCUACUAGACCAGCUAGAGUCACUACCCGCUGCAUUAUAUACCUGCUACUAGACCAGCUAGAGUCACUACCCGCUGCAUUAUAUACCUGCUACUAGACCAGCUAGAGUCACUACCCACUACAUUAUAUACCUGCUACUAGACCAGCUAGAGUCACUACCCGCUGCAUUAUAUACCUGCUACUAGACCAGCUAGAGUCACUACCCCUGCAUUAUAUACCUGCUACAGACCAGCUAGAGUCACUACCCGCGGCUUAUAUACCUGGCUACUAGACGCAGCUAGAGUCACUACCCGCUCGAUUAUAUACCUUGCUACUAGACCAGUUAGAGUCACAGUACCCGCUGGCAAUAUAUACCUGCUACUAGACCGCUAGAGUCACUACAAACUCUGCAUUAUAUACCUGCUUCUAGAUCCUUCUAGAGUCCGUACCCACUAGCAUUAUAUACUCUACGAUAACCCCGCUAGAGUCAGUAGCCCGCACAUUAUAUAACCUGCUACUAGACCGCGCUAGAUUCAGUACCCCGACAUUAUUAUACCUUCUCCUCAGACCCGCUAGAGUCAGUACCCGCUGUGCUUAUAUACUGCUACUAGACCAGCUAGAGUCACUACCCGCUGCAUUUAUACCUGCUACGAGACCAGCUAGAGUCAGUACACCCUGUCCAUUAUAUACCUGCUACUAGACCAGCUAGAGUCAGUACCCACUACAUUAUAUACCUGCUACUAGACCCGCUAGAGUCAGUACCCGCUACAUUAUAUACCUGCUACUAGACCAGCUAGAGUCAGUACCCGCUGCAUUAUAUACCUGCUACUAGACCAGCUAGAGUCAGUACCCGCUACAUUAUAUACCUGCUACUAGACCAGCUAGAGUCAGUACCCGCUACAUUAUAUACCUGCUACUAGACCAGCUAGAGUCAGUACCCACUACAUUAUAUACCUGCUAAUAGACCAGCUAGAGUCACUACCCACUACAUUAUAUACCUGCUACUAGACCAGCUAGAGUCACUACCCGCUGCAUUAUAUACCUGCUACUAGACCAGCUAGAGUCACUACCCGCUGCAUUAUAUACCUGCUACUAGACCAGCUAGAGUCAGUACCCGCUGCAUUAUAUACCUGCUACUAGACCAGCUAGAGUCAGUACCCACUACAUUAUAUACCUGCUAAUAGACCAGCUAGAGUCACUACCCGCUGCAUUAUAUACCUGCUACUAGACCAGCUAGAGUCACUACCCACUACAUUAUAUACCUGCUACUAGACCAGCUAGAAUCACUACCCGCUGCAUUAUAUACCUGCUACUAGACCAGCUAGAGUCACUACCCGCUGCAUUAUAUACCUGCUACUAGACCAGCUAGAGUCAGUACCCGCUGCAUUAUAUACCUGCUACUAGACCAGCUAGAGUCAGUACCCGCUGCAUUAUAUACCUGCUACUAGACCAGCUAGAGUCACUACCCGCUGCAUUAUAUACCUGCUACUAGACCAGCUAGAGUCAGUACCCGCUGCAUUAUAUACCUGCUACUAGACCAGCUAGAGUCACUACCCGCUGCAUUAUAUACCUGCUACUAGACCAGAUAGAGUCACUACCCGCUGCAUUAUAUACCUGCUACUAGACCAGCUAGAGUCAGUACCCGCUGCAUUAUAUACCUGCUACUAGACCAGCUAGAGUCACUACCCACUACACACAUCAGGUACGCUAUAUUCCCUUUUUUGUAUAAACGCAGCCUGGAAAACAGAUGACUCUUCCUCUCACAGCUAGGAACACAUAUAGGCUGGAGGUGUAACGGUACAUGUAUUCGUACCGAACCGUUCGGGGACCUCUGAUCGGUCCGCAAUGUGAACCCGAAUGAAUACAUUAAAAAAUAUUAAAAAUGUUCAGGCUAUUCCAUUAAAACAACUACAGCCUAUGCACACGUUGUAAUCAAAAUUACAAUCUUAACUGGCACAUUUCAAACUGUCCUUUUGUGAGGCGCAGCCGGGAACUACUUCUGUACGAUGGUGAGUGGUGGGAUCGAUAAACCAGAGUUGGAGGAUCCUCCGUCAUCAUUUAAGUCUCAAUUGUGGCUUCCCAGUAGAUUACAACGGCAAUGGACAGGGAGUUGUGGAUAAAACGUUAACAGUAUGUCGCCACGCUCCAAUGAGAAUAGCCUAUACAGCUGCUAACACCUUUACACCAACAUCACCCCAGUAUACUGGCGCAAGACUGAAAUGCAAAGGAACAACAACACAACAUCGUCUCCACUCUGCAUUCAAGCAGCCCUUGGCAGCUGAUUCUGACCAGGCCAAAGAAAUGACAAGAGCGAUAGGUAGGCUGUGUUUAUAUUUCUAACAAUCUUUGGUUUAUAGCCGUGGCUAUGCGCCCAUUCUCGGUGGUUGAGAAUAGGGGGUUUCAGCCCCUCAUGAAAGAGCUCGAGCCACCUUAAGAACUUCCCUUUUGCACCCAUUUCAGCAAACAGAGCAAGUACUACCUAUGUAAGCAAACCAAAGCCGAAGUUUUCAAUGAAUAUGCCAAUGCACCCUGUGUUGCGCUUACUUAUCAGGUGACAGCCCAUCACAUUACCCCAGAGUGGGAGAUGUACUGUGCUACAGACACGCCCCCUUUAUGAGAGGCACAAGUGCGAAUCUGACACUGAAGGAGGCAGUGUAAUGGGAAUUUACCACAUGCGACUGGUCAAUUCCGGCCCUCAAACUGGUAAUUACUAGUGGAAAACUCGUCUAUCAUCCUGAGCACCCACUUCUCCCGCAUGGUGACCUCUGACAUCACCUACUAAGGAAAUUACCUUUAUAACAGCAUUUUCGGCAGUUAAAUGCAACAACCAAACUUUAUUUAUAAAAAGCUAUCCAUUCAUGUGCUUUUUGAACUCUAUAAUUUGUUUACAAGCAUGAUAGCUGUACUUUUAGUUUAUGAUUGACACUGCUUCUUGGCCAUUAGCCAAUCAGCGUUUCUCAAUGAGUUCAAAUCACAUGAGUGCAUCCAACUGGUAUUUACAACUUCGCAACUGGUAAAUUCCCACCUCCCACAUGGUUGCAAGCGUAGCAUCAGAGUGGAAACUGGAGAGGCCCAACAAUCCAGUCACAACAGACAUUGCUGAACAUUGCGAAAGGUAUUUAAUUUUUCCGCUGUACCGAAACCGAACUAUGACCCCAAAACCGUAAUAUGUACCGAACCAUGGGUUUGGUGAACCGUUACACCCCUAAUAUAGGUUGUACUGUGCUUCAUUAUACAGUACAUGUAAGGGGUUGUUUCUGACUUUCUGUGUGUGUGUGUGUGUGUGUGUGUGUGGUUGAUCUCAGGGGGAAGUGUUGUGUCACUCUGCUGAACGAGACAGAGGCUCUGAAGUCCUAUCUGGACCGAGAGGUAGGUGGCUCGCACUGCCCUUCUCUCUCUCUCUCUCUCUCUCUCUCUCUCUCUCUCAAUAUUCAAUUCAAGGGGCUUUAUUGGCAUGCAAAACAUAUGUUUACAUUGCCAAAGCAAGUGAAAUGGAUAAACAAAAGUGAAAUAAACAAUAAAGAGUGAACAGUAAAUAUUACAAAUAUUCCUCAUCAAUCUACACACAAUACCCCAUAAUGACAAUAGACAAUACCUCUCUCUCUCACACACACACAUAUAACUGCUAAAUUUACUCCAUAUUAAAUGAGUUUGUGUGUGUGUCUUGGUGCUGUAUGAAUAAUUCAGUGUGUUGAACCAGAAUGUUCUUUUCACAGUCAGUAAUGAGAAGACGAGACACUAACUGCUACACACACACAAUCCACAACCCCACUCAAUCUCUCCAGUCCUCUGUCUCUUACUCUCUCCUCUCCAGUCCUCUGUCUCUUACUCUCUCCUCUCCAGUCCUCUGUCUCUUACUCUCUCCUCUCCAGUCCUCUGUCUCUUACUCUCUCCUCUCCAGUCCUCUGUCUCUUACUCUCUCCUCUCCUCUGUCUCUUACUCUCUCCAGUCCUCUGUCUCUUACUCUCUCCAGUCCUCUGUCUCUUACUCUCUCCAGUCCUCUGUCUCUUACUCUCUCCUCUCCAGUCCUCUGUCUCUUACUCUCUCCUCUCCAGUCCUCUGUCUCUUACUCUCUCCAGUCCUCUGUCUCUUACUCUCUCCAGUCCUCUGUCUCUUACUCUCUCCAGUCCUCUGUCUCUUACUCUCUCCAGUCCUCUGUCUCUUACUCUCUCCUCUCCAGUCCUCUGUCUCUUACUCUCUCCUCUCCAGUCCUCUGUCUCUUACUCUCUCCUCUCCAUCCCUCUCUCCAGGAUGCAUUCUUCUACUCCCUGGUCUACGACCCCCAACAGAAGACUCUGCUGGCUGAUAAAGGGGAGAUCAGGGUGGGGAACAAGUACCAGGCAGACAUCACAGACUUCCUCAAAGAGGGUACAUUUACAUUUUAGUCAUUUAGCAGACGCUCUUAUCCAGAGCGACUUACAGGAGCAAUUAGGGUACGUACGCCAAAGACACUCAUAUGGAAGACUGAACUAUUAGCAUUUCCCAUAGCAAAACGUGUCACACUAGCCUGUAGAUUAGCUUGGCUAGUAUUCUUUGGUACUGCAGGCAGGAUCCUAUCUCAUCUCAGGGCUCAGUCAGUGGGAGGGCAUGGGCGUCUAUCACACUGCCUGAUGAACCCACUGCACUGGGAACUAUUAUGCAACGUUAUGUCAAAGAGUGUGAAUCAAAGUGUGAGUUUUAAUGAGGAGCCAUGUCACCCCAAUAGUGUUUGAGAGGGUCAGAGGGCAGGAUAUGCAACGUUAUGUCAAAGUGUGUGGAUCUAUCUACAAGCAAGUUUUAUGAGGAACCAGAACCACAUCACCCCAAGACUGAUGGAGAGCCAGAGGGCAUGUCUGUCUCCUCACUUUGCUGCACUGUCAUAAGUUUAGUUGAAAUACCCACAGGGCAGUUUAGUCUGGUUGGUGUAGUGUAGCAGCCUGGGUGACUGUGCUAACUGGUUUCUAACGGGUGACUGUGCUAACUGGUUUCUAACGGGUGACUGUGCUAACUGGUUUCUAACGGGUGACUGUGCUAACUGGUUUCUAACGGGUGACUGUGCUAACUGGUUUCUAACGGGUGACUGUGCUAACUGGUUUCUAACGGGUGACUGUGCUAACUGGUUUCUAACGGGUGACUGUGCUAACUGGACCUCCAGGUGAGGAGGAUGGCAGGGACCUGGCCAAGCUGGAGGAGAAGGUGUGGGACCCCAGCAGUCCCUUCACAGAAAAACAGAUCGACCAGUUCCUGGUUGUUGCUCGGUAAGUGGCGCCGUUCCGGUGGGCUGUGGUGGAAGGGUAAGUGGCUCUACUGUGGUGGGAGGUGCUAGUAGCUCGGUAAGACUGCUGUGAGAUCGAUAGGAAAUGUAAAAUGCUUUUUCUGUAAGACUGGUGGGACUAGGAGGAGGUGGAGUAGGGUUUUUGGGGUAGUCGUUGGUAAGAUGGACUCUGUUGUGGUGGAGGGGUUUAGAAGACUGGUCUGGUGGGAGGUGGAGGGGUUAGAAGACUGAUCUGGUGGGAGGUGGAGGGGUUUAGAAGACUGGUCUGGCGGGAGGUGGAGGGGUUAGAAGACUGAUCUGGUGGGAGGUAGAGGGGUUAGAAGACUAGUCUGGUGGGAGGUGGAGGGGGUUGGAAGACUGUGGUCUGGUGGGAGGUGGAGGGGGUUAGAAGACUGGUCUGGUGGGAGGUGGAGGGGGUUAGAAGACUGUGGUCUGGUGGGAGGUGGAGGGGGUUAGAAGACUGGUCUGGUGGGAGGUGGAGGGGUUUAUUGACACCUCUUCCUCUUAGCUAUGUUGUCAUACCUCUAAAUCGGGAGGAUUAACACAAACUCCUCUUGCUUAUCCCUCUCUCUCUCCUUGUCUCUCUCUCUCUCCCCCAUCUCUUUCCCUCCUUGUCUCUCUCUCCCCCAUCUCUUUCCCUCCUUGUCUCUCUCGCCCCCAUCUCUUUCCCUCCUUGUCUCUCUCGCCCCCAUCUCUUUCCCUCCUUGUCUCUCUCUCUCCCCCAUCUCUUUCCCUCCUUGUCUUUCUCUCUCUCCCCCAUCUCUUUCCCUCCUCUCUGUCAUCUCUUCCUCUCUCUCUUCCUCUCUCUCGCUCUCUCAGGUCAGUGGGAACCUUUGCGCGGGCUCUAGACUGCAGUAGUUCUGUCCGGCAGCCCAGUCUUCACAUGAGUGCUGCUGCUGCCUCUAGAGACAUCACCUUGGUAAGACACACACACAUUGCCCACUGCCCUAGGUAAGGUCAGGGUCAGGCCAGAAGUGAGUGCUCGGCAGGAUUACUGUUAGCCCAGGGGUAUGCUGGGAGCUUCAGUAGCGGGAGUGAGUGGGUGUGCGUGGGUGCAAUCGUGCGCAUGUGUUUGUGUGAUACUGUGCGUGUGUGUGUGUGUAAGUGCAUGUGUGUGUGUCUGAGUAUCAGUAACGAGCAGGCUUAGUGGCCCAAGACGCCCAAUGUGGCCACGUUCCGGCCCACUUCUGCAACUCGUAUAUAAAACAUGGAACACAGGCCUCAGAGCUACAGUGUACACACAUAUAUAAAUAUGAACACACACGCAUGCUCUCGUGGACACACACAUGCACGUACACACACAUCCAUAUACAUGAAAACAACACGUGCACAACACACAAAUCAACUCUAACACAAGAUAAUAGCACAUCCACUUGUCAGGUCUAGACUAUGUUGCACUCUUAACCUUGGUGGCUUUGAUGAACAGAAUAACAGGGACCUUUUGCUUGGUUUGCUUGUUACAAGGGUGUGUUUUGUUGGCUGGGUAUAGGUGAAAACCAGGGUAAUGUUCAUUAGGGCACACAGUAAACCGCACAGAAGUGUUUCUUAUCGGACAAGUACAGAUGGUACCUUCCUAUUUCAAAGUGUUUCUUCUGUUUUGUGCCUACUGAACACUACCCAAUAUUUCGCCCCCCUCCUCUCUUCUCCCCAGUUCCAUGCCAUGGACACCCUGGAUAAGACGGGUUAUGACAUGACGCGGGCCAUCGCUGCCCUGGUACCCCAGGGAGGACCUGUUCUCUGCCGGGACGAGAUGGAGGAGUGGAGCGCCUCUGAGGCCAACCUGUUUGAAGAGGCCCUGGAGAAAUACGGAAAAGACUUCACAGACAUACAGCAGGACUUUGUGAGUACAGACGGGCAACGGGCAGACAGACAGGUUUCAGACAGACAGACU